AUGCCUGUCGUUUCGCGUCUUGCAUCCAUUCCCCUCCGCAUUGCGGAGAUCGCCUUUGCUGCGGUCGUCGCGGGUAUCAUUGGCCACUACCUCCACUCGUUCAAUGAGAUCGAGCCCUGGCCGCAAGCUCGCUGGAUCUACACCGAAGUCAUCGCCGGUGUGUCCAUACUAUUCGGUUUGAUAUGGUUGAUUCCCUUCUCCUCCGGCUUCUUCUCUUGGCCUCUCGAUGUUCUCAUCUCCUUUGCCUGGUUUGCUGCCUUCGGUGUCCUUGUCGACGCUAUCCACCAACUGCCCUGCGGUAGCAUCUGGUCCUGGCACUUCCGUGGUAAUAACAUGUGUACUCGUUGGAAGGCUGCUGAGGCAUUCAGCUUCCUGUCCGCUAUCAUCUGGCUCGUCUCUGCUCUCGUGGGUCUGUGGUUCACUUUCCGCAAGCGUGACUCCGCCGAGGGCAGUGGCCGCCGUUGGGGCCGCAAGCGCGGCGCUGAUGCCGCUUAA